AUGGCGUAUCUGUUGGUGUUUUCCAUCUGCUUGGCACUGCUGCUGGCCUCCAUAUCGCUCUAUCGCUACGGCUGCAUACAGCGGCAGCAUCCGAUCGUGACGUUUUCCGUACUGACCGCGUGGAGCUUCUCCUUUCUGAUAGUGUUCACGAUUCCGCUCGAUGUUACCUCGACCGUUUAUCGCCAGUGCCUGCAGGAGCACAACAUCACCGGCAGCAACGGUUCCAACAACAAUGACGCGCCCGAUGCGAUCUGCCAGCGGCCGUGGGGCAUGGUGGAGGAGGAAGUGUUCCCGAACCUGUGGCGCAUCAUCUACUGGUCCUCCCAGUUCCUUACCUGGUUGAUAAUGCCCCUGAUGCAGUCGUACCUGAAGGCGGGCGAUUUUACCAUCAAGGGCAAGCUGCGAUCGGCCCUCGUAGAUAACGCCAUCUACUACGGCACGUAUCUGUUUAUCUGCGGCAUACUGCUGAUUUAUCUCGCCCUGCAGCCGGGCAUAUCGCUCGACUGGCAGAAGCUGAAAGCGAUCGCCUCGUCCGCCUCGAACACGUGGGGCCUGUUUCUGCUCGUGCUGCUGCUCGGGUACGCGCUGGUCGAGGUGCCCCGCAGCCUGUGGAACAACUCCAAGCCCGGCUUCACGCUGCAGUACGCCUACUUCAAGCUGUCCAAGCUAAGCUCGGAAAAGGCCGAAGCGGAGGAGAACGUGGACGAUGUGCUGGAAAGCUUGCAGUCGGCCAGCCGCGCCAUUCCGCCCCGGCACGAGCUCCGGCCGGCGCUGGAAACGAUCAUCCGCAAGGUGCCGACCGAGCUGAUGGAGCGGGCGAGCCGCAUCAGCCGGGAGGACGGGUCGCCCAUGGCCAUCCCGUCGGAGAAGGCGCUGGUGCGGCUGCACCGGCAGGUCAUCAAAUCGCUGCAAACGCUACAGCGCACCGAGGCGCUCUGGAGCGUGCAGGUGAACAAGGUGCUGCACCUGGAGGACGUGGCCAAGAAUGCGGUGUCGCUCGACCAUCGCUUCAAGAGCGAAUUUCCCAAGCACCGGGUCGGGAUGGCGCGGGCCCUGUACAGCCCCACGGUCGACUGGUACUGGGAGUGUGUCGUGAAGGCACCGUUCCUGAAGGCGCUCGCCAUCAUUACCGCCUUCCUGUCCUUCACGGUCGUCUGGAGCGAGCUGACGUUCUUCAACCGCCAGCCCGUCCUGUCCAUCUUUGCCAACGUGCUGAACGUGGCGAAGGGCAGCUACGACUUCGUCACGAUCGAGAUCUUUUCCAUGCUGACGCUCUGCUACCUGUGCUACUGUGCCUACUCGACCGUGUUCCGCAUCAAGUUCCUGAAUCUCUACUAUCUGGCCGCCCACCACCAGACGAACGAGUACAGCCUGAUCUUUAGCGGCAUGCUGCUGUGCCGGCUGACGCCCCCGAUGUGUCUGAACUUUCUCGGCAUGAUCCACAUGGACUCGCACAUCAUCAAGGAGCGGGUGCUCGAGACGCACUAUACGCAGAUCAUGGGACACAUGGACGUGCUCGGCAUCAUUGCGGACGGGUUCAACAUCUACUUCCCCAUGGUGAUGCUGGCGUUCUGUCUCGCGACCUGGUUUUCGCUCGGCAGCCGGGCGCUCAAUGCACUCGGCUUCCAGCAGUUCAUGCUGAAUGAAACCAUUGCGGUGGAGCUGGUCCAGGAGGGCAAGGAUUUGAUUGUGCGCGAGAAGCGCAAACGGCAACGGGCGGAAGAUGCGCUGGCACGCCGAAGGGAUAACAUACUGGGGCAGAUUGCCCGCGACGGAACGACCGGUGGUGGUGGCAAUGGAGGAGGAGGUGCCAGCAUGGGACACGGUGGAGUGGCGACUGGUGCUGGCGGCACGAACGGAAAUGGCAACGGUGGUGGCAGCAUACUGUCCAAGUACAAGUCGCGCAAUCACGACACGGUCGGACCGAAUGACGAUCUGGUCGGGCAUGGCGACCGAUUGGACUACAGCACCAGUGCGAGGGGGCUGGACGACAUCAAUCGUUCGCUGUCGCAGGAAAUUAACGAACGGUUCGGCGUGAGUACGGGCGUGUCGGUCGGUUUUAAGGGCUACGGGUCGGCGUUCGACGACGACGACGGCCGUAUGGGAGGGGCAGGCCGUUCGAGCUCGAAGCCGAAGGGUGGUGGACUGUUCGAUGAUGUUUAACUCGCUGUGAAAGCAUUAAUUUAUAGUAACACUAUUAUUAUAAUUGUAGUUUCGUUUGGGUAGUGAACGUUUCCAGUUCAGUUUUAACUAGUUUCGUUUUAGUUUCUGGCGCAACAGGGUGUGUGUUUCCUGUCCAUCGUCUAAACUGGUAAACUAUAAAGGCCGGGCUACAUUGA